GAACGAUCAAAUAUAUAACUUCUCCUUUUAUGAAUCACCCAAAAUAGUAGCUCACGAUUAUUUAAUAUUUUCAAUAGAGCAACCAAACCUAUAACGUCCCCUCUAAAGUAGCUCCAUUGUAGAGAAAUUUGGCAAUUGGUCCCAAAAAGUAGGCUAAAACUCCUUAUUCAAACGGGCUUCCAUUGAAGCCCAAUUCAUCUCAAGCCCAAUCCAAAGCCCAUUAACUUAUCCAUAUAUUUACCUCUUUCAUUCUAUAAAUUCAGUACAAAAUUAAUUUUCAAAAAAAAAAAUUAAAAGUAAAAUUUUCAAUGGCGUCACCGGAUACCGAUGUUCCGAUGGUUCCCGCCGGCGAAGGUUCUACCGGAGCUGGAACAUCUACUAAAAAGGCGAAGCGAUUUGAGAUCAAAAAGUGGAAUGCUGUUUCGCUUUGGGCUUGGGAUAUUGUGGUAGAUAAUUGUGCCAUCUGUAGGAAUCACAUCAUGGAUCUCUGUAUCGAGUGUCAAGCUAAUCAAGCUAGCGCAACAAGUGAGGAAUGCACAGUUGCUUGGGGGGUUUGUAACCAUGCAUUCCACUUCCAUUGCAUCAGUAGGUGGCUCAAGACUCGUCAAGUAUGCCCUCUUGAUAACAGCGAGUGGGAGUUUCAGAAGUAUGGUCACUAGAAUUUACUGUUGGUGUACAGUGGAUGGGAGGAGUUUCAGAACAACGAUCAAUUCUGCUGCCGCCUUAUGUUCCUUUCUUUUUUGCUCUGCAAAUAUGCAAAGUAAUGACUUGAACUAUGUUUUUAAUUGUCGCAUGUCUGUUUUAGAAUAUCCAAAGUAAUGUCUCAUGCUAAUUCUGUAGAAAUAGAAUCAUCUUUGACGAAUUUGGCGAUGAUACUAUUGGUCAUCGAUUUAGGAAUGAAAGAAACCGAUUCUGGGAA